AUGUCUGGCCUCGAGAAGGCACUGUUCAACCUAAAGUUCACCUCCAAGCAACUCAACCGCCAAGCAGCCAAAGCAGACAAAGACAGCCGCACGGAGCAAGCCAAGCUCAAGAAAGCGCUGACGACCACGCCACCACAGCCGCAGAUCGCGCGCUUGUACGCUACCAACAGCGUGCGCAACUCGCAGCAGCGCGUGCAGCUUUUGACGCUGGCGGCGCGUAUCGAUGCCGUCGCCGCUCGCGUGCAGACCGCCAUCACCAUGCGCACCGUCACGGCUAGCAUGGCGCAGACCGUGAAAGGCAUGGACGUUGCGCUUAAGAACAUGGAUCUUGACAAGAUAGGCGCCGUCAUGGAGAAGUUUGAGUCUCAGUUUGAGGAUUUGGAUGUCGUGUCGAGUUAUUAUGAGGGCGUGGCGGGCGGGGUGGAGAGCCAGCAGGUUGGCGUGGAGGGGCAGGGGGAGGUCGAGGCUUUGAUGGGCCGUGUGGCGGACGAGGCGGGCGUGGAGUUGAGUCAAGAGAUGAAGAGUGCGCCAGAGGCUGAGGUGGCGAAGCCGGAGGAGGAUAGGCGGGUGUUGGAGGAGGGGCUGGGAGAUCGGUUGCGGGCUUUGAGGAGUGCGUAG